GGCGAGACUGGUUUUUCCAGUAAAAAGGAUACUCUGCAGGAUUGGGUCGGACAAUCCCCGGAGAUACAACCAGAGACCGACAGGGUUUAUGCAUAACAUCAGUCAUUUUGGGUAUGGUUUUGAUGGCGUUUUCUUUCAUUCAUUCUCCUCUUCUCUUGGCGGGAUAUGGACCUCAAAUAUCUUAGCCAUGGCGUUCAACAAGUCCAUUACCUUUGGAAGCAGCAGCGGUGGCAUCUUCGGGUUCCAGUUCGCCUAUGACUUUCCCCAGAUGGUUGACCACCUAAUCGCCCACGAGGCGCCCACUUCGUGUCUGCUCCCGGACGCUUCCGAGAUUUUCGACUGGUCUCUUCAACACCGCAGUGGAAUCGACUGAUGGUAUGGUGGAAAAUCACUGGUAACAUGAUGUCAGACACGCACCCCUGGCAGAUGGCGCAUCGCAGGCUAGCUCA